CGUCGAUCUACAAUUAUCCCCACGGCCAACUCUCAGCCAUGCCGCCAACAACAGAAUAGUGUCUCGGACGAUCAUGACGUCGGCGGAAUCGUAUAUCAUUUGCUACGUCCGAUUGUGGUUGGGAUAGAUAUUCGCAAUUGGUUGAACUUUAUGUGGAGGUCGUUGGAUACUCCUUUUGAAGCCUUCUUUCCGUGUCGCACGCGAAGAGGCGAUAUCAUGAUUAUAGGCUCUCCGUUUCUCCAGUGCGGGCGUCAAAAGACUUUCUCCCUGGGUCUUCCGCAUAGUACCCUCAAGGUGCACCGUCGGUGCGAGCUACUCCCGAGUCGACGCUUCAAUGAAUUUAUUAUUCGAGUCCAACGCAUUGCAUCACAGUGUAUCCCAGGACCUACACGGUCAAAGUGUGCCUGCUAUGUAUAUAGAUUCCGGGACGUGUCAAGCCACUAUCUUCUCCACAUGAUGAAAAUAUAUUCGAAUAGAUGUCCAUUGGGUGCUGGGUUCGCAUUAGCCUGUCAAGAGUCAUCAACUUACCGAACUCAUGAAUACUAUUGUGAACGGAGAUUAUCCCCCGUUUUUUGGUUACAGUUCCGUUGCAAGGCAACGACCUGCAACAACUGGAGAAAAGGAUUCGGAAGACCACAUGUAUGGUCUUUUCGUAGUGGCGAUGGAUGCAGAUGUAAAGGGUCCGUAGGUUGUGGCACUCGAACAACAUUCAGACGGGAAAUAGGCGCCAAGGGGCGCUUAUUGGCGCUUAUUAGUAGGUCCCUGUGAUGUCAUGCCAUCAAAUUCGCUUGACAAUCAACGAACAAAAAUUGAUCCUAAAACCUUCUCGGGACGGUCAAUCAUUGCCUCACAUAAAAUGAGUUUCAUCGACUCAUCGCGGCUCUCUGCGAUAACGAACCAGGGUUCGGUGUCGUAAAACGUUUCGCAGGUUGGUUUACCAGUCCCACGGUGACGAUGAGGUCGAAUUCCCUGACUCGUUUUGAAAGCCCUUUGGUGGAAAACUGCGCUAUGAAUUGUCCCUUUCCGCUGCUUCGUCUCCGCUGCAAACGGUACCGGGGAGAC